AUGCGACAACUGUCGCUUCUCCUAUGUGCACUUCCAGCUGUAUCAAGCGCCUUGAUAACAACCUUGAAUCCCACUGCGCCGAUCAAAAAUGCAAAUCAUAUUUUCAAUGUGAUUCAUGACUCAAUGCGUCAGUGGGGGUCAUCGCUGCAUCACAACGGUGUCUCGUUCUUCCUCGCUGGUGUGCCCGCUGGCACCCACUUCUACCAUGGAACCUCGGUAUCUGACCCAGUCAAUGGCACAGAGUGGUUGGCCUUUGAGCCUGAGCAUGCCAUGGUUUUCGCGCGGCCACCAUGGGGACCUCCACCGCAUGGGUCGCCUGUGGAUGAUGAUGCUAGGCAACGCAAUAGGGGCCAUGGGGAGUUACGCAUGCGGGAGGAUCACUCUGGACAACAUUCGGUCUUCAACGAAGACGAGAACGGAUAUUUGCAUACAUACGCUGCAGCAAAAGACCUCCGUUUGCUAUAUAUCGACGGUAUGUCUGCCGCCAAGACAUCAAAAGGCACGCUUGAUUCCCAGGAUGUGGUUCUAUUCAACGGCUCUUUCGAGGGCGAGCCGGGGUGGAUGGGACGUGAAGGCGAGCGCGCAAUGUUAGCUUGCGACAUGGCUGAUAAUCAAUGGGAGGGUCGGAUUGAUGGUGUUCUCCGCAUGGAGGCGGGCUUUGAGAUCAUCUUGUGUCAUUUUGAGCGCGAUCUUGUUCCUGUGCGGAUUACGCAGGCUCAGAAGCGUGAAGACUUGGCGUCCAUGGAUCGUGGGUAUGGUGAUCGGGAUGGUCUUCGUGGGCAAGAUGAUGGAAUGGGACGGCGACCUGUAGGUCCCGGUGUUCCCGGUCGACCACCUCAAGGCCCUGGGAAGAGUCCGAAUUCAGCGCGGUGGAUGCGUGCUGUGACUGCGCGUUAUAAUGGUAUUGGUGGACGUCGGGUGUCUUUGAAUUUCAAUCAUUUUGUGACGGCCUUCGCCCAUGAUGUAGAUCUGUUUCAAGAUGAUACAGGUCUUCCUCGAUUGGCUAACCUGUCCUAUGAGGAAUUGGCUCCUAUCCGGGCUGGUAUCACGGAUCUGAUUAUGAAUCACCACCCGGCUGAAGACUGUGAAGACUGGCAGGCCAUUGCUGAUAUGAUCGUCACACGAUAUAGCAAGGAGCUGGCCUAUUUUGGUUCUGGCGCCAUUGAUUCGAUCGAAGAUCUGCAGUCUGAGAUUGACCGCCUCUUUUCUCCCUUCAUUGAUUACGGUGACCGGGACGAUGCUGCUGAGAUUGAGCGCUGUGCUACUCAGUUUUUGCCUUCCGGUUUGGAGACUGGAGGUCUUGCCGGUCGUGCUAUUUAUGGAGUUGCAAAUAGAAUUUGCUCUGAUUUGCUGCGCGCUGGAAAGAAGGCAGAUCUUGAGUCGGCUGCUCAGGUUAUUAAAAAGCUCAUUGGUUAUCUUGAUUGGGCAACGUGGAAGGAGUGUCGUGGUUGCGCGGCGAAUGAGAUUUGUGUUGUGCCUAUUUGGCCCAUGGGUACAGUGCAGGACUAUGAGAACCCGAAGUGCAAGGAUGCAUCUGACCCUUAUGGAGAGGGUGGGGAGAGUUAUUGGAAUGCACCACACUACUGA